CUUCGAUGCUUCCGCUGGCUUCGUCGGAGAGCUCGAAACGACACGAAUCAAGAGCGGAGACGUACAGGUCACCUGUCGAUCAAAACGGGUUUCUCCCAUUGCCAGCCUGGCGUCCUUUUGCUUUCAGCCGCUGCGUUCGGGCGUCUCAUCGCUUGCAAAAAAGCGCUCGAACUCGCAUUACUCGUGCGCUGCUACUUGCGGAGCCAUCAAUCGCCGGCACAGGACACAGUCAGGAUGAUGAUGCCAGCAGCCCUACGCGUCGCAGCCCUCUGCGCGAGCGCGCAUGCGUUGCAAAUGACGGGCCGGCGGCGCUGCCUCCACGGCCUCGGCGGCGCAGCAUUGAUGAAGACGCUGGCGCCGCGCCGCGCGGGCGCCGAGGCGGCGCCGACGCCCGACGAACUUAAAAAACUCACGCUCGGCUACCAGCGCAUGCAGACCCUUUUAAAAGAUUGGCAGAAGAUCACGGGCGGCUCCUGCGGCAACGCCCAGCUCUCGAAGGAGAAGGCCCAGGUCGUGGCCACGAACGGCGGCGCCUUGUGCGACGCGUCUCCUUUAGUGAUUCAGGAGUACAUUGGAUACAAGUCGAUCAACGACCCGCUCUACCGGAGCGAGAAGCUCAUGGUCCGCGCCGCGCCCCUCCUCAAGAACCCCGACGACCUCGACCAGUACCUCGAGGCCGUGAAUUUGUGGGGCCAGAAGAUCCAGAUGUCGUCGCUGAACGCCUACACAUCGGCCUGGGGCGAGGCGAACCCGAACGGGUCGAAAGCGCAAGUCGCGGCCUACAUGCAAGAAGCAAAAUUCGACGUCGAGGAGUCCGCGGACCUGCUGAAGCGGAUUUUGGUGAUGCUUGGCUUGCCGCUUACUGCCUAAAUCUAGUCUUGUGUA